UCCUAAUCAGUGUAUAAUACAAUUGGCAAAUAUGUAUGUUUCUACAUGAGUGGUGCUUUUUGGAAAAUGUAAUUUUCCUUUCCUGUUUUGACUAAUAAAAUGCUUGUCAUGCUGUGUAGCUUUUAUGCAGCAGAGGUUCUGCUGGCACUUGAAUAUCUUCACAUGCUUGGAGUGGUGUACAGAGACCUUAAACCUGAAAACGUACUGGUCCGAGAUGAUGGUCACAUAAUGCUCUCAGACUUCGAUCUUUCUCUCAGAUGUGCUGUUUCACCUACCCUUAUAAGAAAUAUUGACGGGGAUCCCUCCAAACGAGCUGGUGGCGCAUUCUGUGUGCAGCCGGCUUGUAUCGAGCCUUCAUCGGUAUGCAUCCAGCCUUCAUGUUUCAUGCCUCGCCUUUUUGCUCAGAAAAAUAAGAAGUCACGGAUGCCUAAAGCAGAUCCAGGCCUGCAAUCUAGCACACUUCCUGAGCUUGUUGCAGAACCAACAACUGCUCGGUCCAUGUCUUUUGUGGGCACUCACGAAUACCUUGCUCCCGAAAUCAUCAAAGGAGAAGGUCAUGGAAGUGCUGUCGAUUGGUGGACAUUUGGGAUUUUCUUGCAUGAACUAUUAUACGGUAAAACCCCUUUCAAAGGCUCAGGAAACCGCGCGACCCUUUUCAACGUAGUAGGCCAGCAGCUCAGAUUUCCGGAGUCACCGGCCACCAGUUAUGCGAGCCGUGAUCUCAUCCGCUGCCUGCUGGUGAAGGAGCCGCAGCACCGGCUGGGAGUGAAGAGGGGUGCGACUGAGAUCAAACAGCACCCGUUCUUUGAAGGCGUGAACUGGGCGUUGAUCAGGUGCAGCACUCCACCAGAAGUUCCAAGAGCAGUUGAAUGUGAUGUUGUAGCAGCAAAGUUUGAAGCAGUUGAUAGUGUUGGGGUUGGCAUGAACAAUAGUAGUAAGAGGAUGGGAGGUAAUAAUGAGAUGAAGUCUGGGGGUAAAUAUCUGGACUUUGAGUUCUUUUAGUUUUUGAUUCUUCAAUCUACAUAUUUGUAUUGUGUUUCUUCCAUGUUCAGUUAAUUUUACUAGAGAUGCACAGUGCAUCGUUAUCAUGUUGUUUCUUUUUAGUCACACUUACCAGAAUUCCAUUUCAGUUGGAAAUGAUACCACCUUAUAUUCAGAGGGUAAUACAGCAAUUCUUAUAGAUAACUCAUCAUUCCAUGUCUCAACACAAAAUCAAUCUA